UGAUGUGUGGGCACAGCUAGCUAACAUGACAGUGGAGCAGUGAAAUUAUGUCGAAGAAAUCUCAGACUUUCGUUGGGUACAAUAGCUGUGUUACAUACACAAUACCUAGUAGCUACAUUUAUGGUCACUCAGCUGCUAUCUAGCUACAGUGAGGGAGCUGUCUAAAGCAAAGCCUAUCAAGUUCUAACUAGCUAACUUUAUCUGGCUAACUAUAAGUGUGCAUUUGGGAGGAACCUAGCUAGCUAGCAAACUAGCUAACGUUACUAGUAUCUAGCUAGCUAUGCUGAGAGAAAAUAUUAGAACUGUCUAGCUAGUACUUAUCAAUUGGGUGUUAUUGUCCUACACUUUCACCAUGAUGGUAUUACUGGUCUUUUCUCAGAGUUUGUUUGUUCUAGUAGUUCGUUUAUUUGAUCCCAUGGCGACCACUUGUCUGCCAGGUCUACACUAGACUGUAAAAACAUUAUGAUUAGGCUGUCUGCUCCAGCGGUAUCCUAACAAGAUAUGACAAUUAAUUUAAGACAUUUUUAUCUCGUUUCUGCGCAACUUCAAGGAUGACAGAGGAGAAUAAGGAAAAGGUUCAAGAUGGAUUAUACAUUCAAGAAAGGGUGAUACAACAUCCCCCUCAUAUCAGGCUCAGCAGAAGUCAAGAAAGAGGUAGACUCAUGCUCCAGGAAUACAAGUUAAAAAUCCUUCAAAGUAAAAUCAAUGCUGCAAGAGAAGUGAGAAUAAAAGAACCUCAGAAGAUAGCUGACAAGCCGUCAUGCUCAGAGGAAGAAGCCUAUCGAUUCUUCUGCCAUACAUUUGAUGAAUUGGAGAAGAAUAGACCUACCACUGGCACACUUCCACAACAGAGCGGGAAAGAUACUGUCAUCGAUAUUGAGAAUGUGGAUGAGUGUCAUAAUCCUCUUGUUCCUGGUGAUAUUGAGACACUGGAUGUAAAUCCAGACCUUUUAUUUGUACCCAGUGAUUUACCAGUAAACCAAGGGAGGAUUAUACCAAGGUAUUUGAAGCCUCGUUUUUUGGAGGACGAAGGGUUUUAUGUCUGUGAGAGGCCCCAAGUGCCGAAGAAGAUGAUAAACAAAAUGGGCCACCGGCUGAUUGAGGAAGAAAAGGGACAGUCCUGGUUUGGAGAGAAUGGUUGCAUGAUUGCUAUUCCGGACCCAAUCCAGAAGUAUUGGCAUUGUAAAGUAGAUUUCCCAUUCUCAUGCCAGUCUCCUUGUCUGGCCACGGUGCACAUGAGGCCUGAUAAACUGCGAAGUGCAGGAUCUGUUGUCUCUAAUGCAGACGGCAGUGCAGGGCUGUGGCAGCUUGACCUGAACCUAGCCAGGCUGCAUUUCACCCAUCACCCCCUGUUUAGCACAGAGCAUGUGUUGGCUCAGAGACUGUAUGAGCUCUAUGAGCAUUAUGAAACCCGUGAGAUGAAGGGUGCAACUACCUCUCUGCAGGACAAGCUAAGCGGGCUGAAGAAGUCAGAAACAGCCUUGACCACCACUGAUGAACCUGCUCCGUGCUCAAAGUUACAGGAUCUGAGACAGCAAAUACAAAAGACCCAUGUAGCACUGAAGAUUGAGAGGCAGGCAGACAUCUCUCUGGUGAGGAACAUUGUUGCUGCUUGGAAGCGCAUCAAAACCCUCAGGGCCAAGAACGGCUAUGUGAACACCACUGUGAAAUUACAGCUGCAUAAAGUGAAGGCAAGGAUCACUGACAGCACGACAAACCGAACUGGGACAGAUGAGCACAUGAAAGCAAGUGUCUUCUCUCUUGACAAUCUCUUAACAUAACUGUUAUUAAUAAACUA